AAAUUACUUCCUUAUAAUCAACUAAGAGACCGCAUAGUUUCAAACUAAUUCAAGGGAUCUAGUAUGUAGCGAUAGUGCAACGUACCCCAAUCAAUUUAUCAGAAGAAAGUGCGGUAAUAGCGCGAGAUAACUACCGUGUGGCAUUAGAUUGGCCAUAGAUGAUUGGCGAUGUGGUACUGCACCUCAAUUUAUGUAUUGUUCUUUAUUUUCGGCGCUGAAUCUCAAAAUCCCAACAAUGUGUGCCCCACGUUCAGGGACUACUUCAACAUGAGGAAUAAUUCGAAUUGCUGGUACGACUUUGCAGCUGUCGACAAAGUGCCUCAAAUAAUCAAGAAAUCAGGCUACCCAUUCAUGGAAUACAAAGUGAAAACUUCAGAUGGAUACAUACUGACUGUCUUUCGAAUUCCAGUGUUAGCUUCUACCAAACCAGCUGUCUUUUUAUUGCAUGGUGUCCAAAGUACGUCCGCCAUAUUCUUGGGAUUGGGAAAAAGUUCUAUGGCCUUUCUCUUAUACGAAGCCGGUUAUGAUGUGUGGUUGGGAAACUAUCGUGGCACUGAAUAUUCCCAAGGACACGAGAAUAUGAAUUCUACUCAGAGAGAGUACUGGGAUUAUAGUGUAGACGAUAUCGCUCUAAAAGAUCUACCUGCAAUGCUACAGCUCGUCACUUUCCACGCCGGCCACAGAGGAAAAAUAAUAUACAUCGGACAUUCUCUGGGAACAACAGCUGGCAUAAUAUAUGCAUCGGAAUACCCAGAUUUUGCCGCAAGGACCAUAGGAAUCCUGGUCCUACUGACUCCUGCAUACAAGUUGCCAAACAUGCGUUCUCCCUAUCGACUGCUGCUUCCACUCGUGCGACCCAUACUAGAAGUCACUAACACCCUGAAUGUCGUUCAGUUCAUAUCUGCAGGAGGAUUGAGGAAUUUAACACGUCCCUUAUGUCUCUCUUCACCACCACUGAUGAUUGCCUGUCUAACUGUUAUGAACCUAUUCCUGGGACCAUUCACACAAAUAGCUCCGGAAACUAUACCUGUGUAUUUCAACCAGAUUCCCGCAGGAACCUCUUUCAAAACACUAAGUUACCUCAGUGAAGCUACAAGAAACAGAUUCAGAAAAUACGACUACGGACCAGGUAAAAACAGGUAUCUCUACAAUAGUGACAUGCCUCCAGAAUACGAUUUGAAGAAAAUCAAGAUUCCAGUAUAUAUAAUGUAUGCCAGAAGCGAUUGGGCGAUAUCUAGAGAAGAUUCGAUGCAGUUCUAUAGGAGUCUUCCUCAAGAGAUGAGAUACGGAAUGUAUGAAGUGAGGAAUCUGAAUUUCAAUCACUAUGAUUUUCUCUUCGGGAGAAACUCGAAGACAUUGGUGACUGAUAAGCUCCUAAAUAUGUUGGAAAGGUUCACAUCUGAGCAAACGUAUCUCCAG